CCUGUGAUCAUCAUCGAGUGACGAUCCGCUCUGCUGCCUGCCUGUCCUGUCACGUUUCUCAAGCACAAUGGCCGCUCACGGAAUCACCUUCGCCGCCCUCCUCCUCGCCCUGGCCGCCCUCACGCACGCAGCCGACGCCGCCCACAAAAACGACGCACGACUCUUCUACGACGACAGCAACACCUCCGUCACCAUCGGCCAGGAGACCCUCUCCUACGUCGUGGUCGUCUUCGUCGGCGUGCUCCUUCUCGGCUCUCUCCUGGGGCUCUUCGGGACCUCGGCCAAGUUCGCCAAGCCCUUCGACUACGCCUCCACUACCGCUUACGGUGCCCCAGCCUACGAUGAGAAGGUCACCUUCGUCCAGCAAUUGAUUGAUGAUGCUGUCAACAAGUUCCUGUAGAGACCGCGAGCAUAAAUAUCAUUCGAUAAGUAAAUAAGGAGAGAAAAACAUCUUGUUGCUAUGAUAACUAUUGAUUAUAAACAAAACUUUUUUUUUCUGUUGAUGAAC